GUCGCUUAGCGGAUGCGCAAAUCACGUGCCUCAAGCCCAAGCCCAAACCCUAAACCCCCUUCGGUUUUCUUUUUCCUUGGUAUAAAUUCUCCACCUUCAGCCGCUUCUUCCUUCUUCCUCUCUGCAGCUAGGGUUUCUUCUCCGCCUGCUCCAAUGGGUAAGGGAACGGGAAGCUUCGGUAAGCGGAGGAACAAGACGCACACGCUGUGCGUGAGGUGCGGCCGCCGCAGCUUCCACCUCCAGAAGAGCCGUUGCGGUGCCUGCGGCUUCCCCUCCGCUCGCAAGAGGAAGUAUAAUUGGAGCGUGAAGGCGAUCCGGAGGAAGACCACCGGCACCGGCAGGAUGAAAUACCUCCGCCACCUGCCGCGCAGGUUCAAGAGCGGGUUCUUAGAAGGUACUCAAGCUGCGCCAAGGAAGCAGGCAGCGGCUGCUUCUGCUUGAGGUGUCGGGUCGUCUGUCAUUCGGGCGAAAUUUGGGUACCUCGCCAUAGAUUUAAGUCUAUUCGCUUUUGGGACAAGUUAAAAUUUUGAGAACAUUGUGUUGCCGAUAAAUUGUUGAGAUUAUGCUUUUAGUUGUUCCUUCUGUAGUUGGAUUUGAGUCUGAGGAUGGAAAGUUUUCAGGAAUUUUCUAUUACUUGAUGUCCCGAUAUGGCUCUUGCCGAUAUGAACAUCAUCUUAUUUUCUGCGUA